UUUACUCCAUUGUCAAUGAAUGAAAUGCCACUUUUUCUUUUCUUCCUUUUUUCUUUUUCUUUUUGGCUUAAGGACGCUGAUCUAUUGGACAUAGAAAGCAAACACUUUGAAGAUUUGGAAUUUCAGCAGCUUGAACAUGAAAGCAGAUUAGAUGAAGAGAAAGAAAAUCUGACACAACAGCUCCUGCGUGAAGUAGCUGAAUAUCAGCGUAGCAUUGUCAGUAGAAAGGAAAAGAUUUCUGCUCUCAAAAAACAAGCUAAUCAUAUUGUCCAACAAGCACAAAGAGAACAAGAUCAUUUUGUAAAAGAGAAAAAUAACCUAAUAAUGAUGCUGCAGAGGGAAAAAGAGAAUCUCUGUAAUCUGGAAAAGAAGUAUUCCACACUUUCUGGAGGAAAGGGAUUUCCUGUCAGUCCCAAUAGUCUAAAAGAGGGCUAUAUCAGUGUAAGUGAAAUUAGUGAGCUGUAUGGCAAUUCCACGAAUAUAUCCCCUUCCACUCAGCCCCCCACAGAUGCUGACGCAGGUACCACUGAGCCUUCCACGGCUGUGCUGACGUGCCAGCCACAAAAUAAAGAGCUAAGAUCACCUCUCUGUUCUGGAUUUGUGUUUCCUCACUCUCUUUCUCCUCGCUCUAUUGCUCAACUUCCAUCAGUCCAUUGGCCUGAGGUCAUGGCUACUCAUGUAGAUCCUAUUCCUUUAUCUGAUACACCUCCUCCUCUGCCAGCUAAGAAACACCGCAGGCAACAACAGCAUUUCAGAAAUCUGGAAGAGCGAAAGAAACAGCACAGGGAAUGCAUGUACAUGAGUGAUACUUUGCCUCGCAAGAAAACAACUCCAACUGUGUCACCACACUUCAAUAGUUCUACUCUUGGACGAAGCAUUACAUCUAAAGGACAUUUACCAUUAGGACAGAGCAACAGCUGUGGCAGUGUACUUCCUCACUGCCUGGCAACCAUGACCAAAGAGUCAGAAUCAAGAAGGAUGCACAAAGGGUAUAACCAUCAACGUAUAUGUGAAAACCAAAGGCAGAAAUCUCCUGAAUUCUACAGCAGAACAGCAUCUGAAUCCAACGUGUAUUUGAAUAGCUUCCAUUACCCAGAUCGUAGUUACAAGGACCAUGCCUUUGAUACAUUAAGCUUAGACAGUUCUGACAGUAUGGAGACAAGCAUAUCAGCAUGCUCACCAGAUAACAUUUCCAGCGCUAGCACAUCAAAUGUUGCAAGAAUAGAAGAGAUGGAGAGACUUCUGAAACAAGCACAUGCUGAAAAGACUAGGCUGCUUGAGUCCAGGGAACGGGAGAUGGAAGCUAAAAAGCGAGCUCUGGAAGAAGAGAAGCGCCGCAGAGAGCAACUGGAAAAAAGACUGGAAGAAGAAACUAGCCAGAGGCAGAAACUAAUUGAAAAGGAAGUGAAGAUACGAGAGAAACAAAGAGCACAGGUGAGAUACGUUGACAUGAAAUUUUUUUGGUGCAAGACCCCUACUAUAGAGGAAGUGAGUGUACUUCUGCAAAUGAUAAACAGAGUGACUUCCAUUUAAAUAAAUGGAUUUAGUAUUUCUGAGGUGCAUCUAUGUCACUAGGAGUGUGUUUGAGCCAUUGGAGUCUUAGAUGUCUGUGUAUUUAUUUAAAGCUAAAUAUUAGCUUAGAUCUAUUCAGCAUCUUCUAUCUAAAGAAUUGUUGCUUUCCAAAUGUUUGACUGGGGGGGGGA